AUGCAGAGAGCCUCGGUUUAUUCAGAUAUGGUUGGUGAUCCUGAGGGCAUACACAUACCUCCGGUAUUCGUAUCCAAAAUGGCUGGGGAAACCUUGAAGAAGUUUGCCAGAGGCGAAGAUGCGGAAUGCUGUAUAAACUCGUCGAUGGAUGAGACUGCAGGGACAGUGUUGGUGAUGUCGUUCGUAUCACUUGUUGUCAUCAUAUCAGUUGUAGCUUCAUUUCUUUUUGCUCGGAACUGCCGACUUUUACGCCAUGGAGUUGAUAAUCGUCCACCUUAUAUCAAGAAGCAUGUGGUGGAAAAGCUUUCGUCCUUGGUAUAUAAAGCUCCGUGCUCAAGUGGCAACAAUUGUGAAGAAGCUUGUGCCAUUUGUUUAGAAGACUAUGAUAAUGGUGACAUGCUUAGACUUCUCCCAUGUUCUACAGAAUUUCAUGUGGAGUGUAUUGAUCCCUGGCUGACAAAGUGGGGCACAUUUUGCCCAGUAUGCAAACUUGAGGUACUCACAGGUGAAUAAGCAG